UUUGCACCGGCAAUCAUGUCGAAAUAAUCCCAACCAAGUGCCUAACGAUGUCCUGUCACGAUCAUUACUAAUUGAAUCGCCCAUACCAUGUCGAAAUAGUUGAUUAACAGAAUAUAAAUAAAAGUAUACUAACAACCUGUCGUGGUCUGUUGACCCGGCUGCUACGAGCACAAAGAAGAAGUCAGUGCACUCAUUUCUUCCAUUGACGAUCGUAGCACCAUCAGCGGUACCCACCUGACUGUGUACUCGGUCUCACUUGCACAACGGAUUACCCUUACGUAGGUAUAGCAUUGCUCACCCUUUGACCAUGCUCCAUGCACAUACCUCACCUGUAUGCAUGAGUUAGCCGCCACUUGAUCACUCGAGCUCCCCAUUUAUUCAGACCAUGCCCAUGCGAACCUGAUCGGCAUUCCACGACCAUGGCGAGGCCAGCGGCUGCAUCGGUGGCUCUGCUCCUGCUGUCCUGUGUAGCGGCGGCGGCGGGCACCGACCGGGACGCGCUGCUGGCGUUCAAGGCCGGCGUGACGUCCGACCCGACGGGCGCGCUCCGGUCGUGGAACAACGACACGGGCUUCUGCCGGUGGGCCGGGGUGAACUGCAGCCCCGCGGGGCGCGUCACCACCCUGGACGUCGGCUCGCGUCGCCUCGCCGGCAUGCUCUCCCCGGCCAUCGCCGACCUCGCGCACCUCGAGCUUCUCAACCUCACCGAUAACGCAUUCUCCGGCGCCAUCCCGGCGAGCCUUGGCCGGCUCGGGCGCCUCGAGUGGCUCAGCCUCUGCGACAACGCCUUCACCGGCGGGAUACCCGCCGCGCUCCGCGGCCUCGGGAACCUCACCACCGCGUACCUCAACGCCAACAACCUCACCGGCGGGGUCCCCGCCUGGCUCGGCGCCAUGCCGAAGCUGGCCAUUCUGCGGCUGACCAAGAACUCGCUCUCCGGCCGCAUCCCGCCGUCGCUCGCAAACCUUACGACGGUCGAGCAUCUCUAUCUCGACGAGAACCUGUUCGAAGGCGAAAUCCCCGAGGGCCUCGCGAGCCUCCCGAAUCUCCAGUUCUUCACCGUGAACCAGAACCGCCUCUCCGGCGGGAUCCCGCCCGGCUUCUUCAACUUGUCGUCGCUGCAGGCCCUCGCCCUCGCCAAUAACGCGUUCCAUGGCGAGCUCCCGCCGGAUACAGGCGCGGGCUGGCCGAACCUCUUCUACCUCUCGCUCGGCGGCAACCGCCUCACCGGGCGCAUCCCGGCGACCCUCGCCAACGCCACCCAGCUGCAGUUCCUCAGUCUGGCCAACAACUGCUUCACCGGCCAGGUGCCGCCGGAGAUCGGCAAGCUCUGUCCGCAGUCGCUGCACCUGUCCAACAACCAGCUUACGGCGACCGACGCCGGCGGCUGGGAGUUCCUGGACAAUCUCACGAGCUGCGACGCCUUGAUAGAAAUCUUCCUCGAUGGCAACAAGCUCGCCGGCGCGAUGCCGAGCUCCAUGGGCGCCUCCGGAAGCAACUCCAGGUGCUAAAUCUCGCGAGCAACCGCAUCUCCGGCGUGAUAUCACCGGGCAUCGGCAACCUCGUGGAGCUACAGAAGCUGUACCUUAGUUCUAAUCUCCUAACAGGCUGGGGUUAGUAACUUAAUAGUUUUGUUCAACUUUAAAACUUAAAAGUUUGGAAUCUCGUCCGAAA